AUGGUUGAGCGAAUUAUCAAGGCCGGGCAGCACGACUGGAUCUGGUAUAUUGAUUUUGACGUUCUCAUCACAAACUACGACGUGAGUUUGACAAAACUCAUCGACGAGAGUCUUGCGAAUACGACCAUGCCAGACGCGAUUGAUUUUCUUGUCACAGAUGAUUGUAAUGGACUCAACGACGGCUCUUUUAUUGUGCGUUCGUCACCACGUUCCAUAGAGUUCCUGAACGCGAUUCGUGCUGUUCAUGACAGAGAAAAAGCACAGAGCGGAAAGUUAUUGGGAGACCAGGACUCAAUGCAGGCACUUCUCCAGAGCAACAACCCACUUACCCAGCAUGCACUGCGGAUUCCUCAAUGGAAGAUUAAUGCAUUUCCAACAGAGAUUGGCUGCUAUGAUAUGCACAAGAGGGAAUGGGAAAAAGGCAUGUUUGUGGUCCAUUUCGCAGGUGCCUGGGCUCAUGUCUCUGGGGAGGAUCCAACUGGUCAACUAAUGAAGAAAUAUAAAUCUCAAAUAAUAUGA